AUGGCCAUAAACCUAGCCAAAUUUCUCAUACUGUUUUUCACUAUUUCGAUCUGCAACGCCGUCACGAAUCCAAGUCCGAUUUCCGAUUCUCACCGUUCCGCUGCUUUACAACUCUUCGAUGGUUCCUCUUCAAGUUUAGAAGAAGCCUGUGAUGCUCUAAGAGUAUUUGAGAUUCUUGCGCUUGAGAAUAAGCCUGAUGUGAGCAUAACCACUUGUCGGAAGGUAGUGGAAAAUCUCGGGUCGUCGUCCUCUCUCAAGGAUUUGUUCUAUGCCUUAAAGGUCAAUGGCAUUUUAAAAUGCAAGGUUGAUAAGGGUGUUUUCCAGGAUAUUGCUUCAAGACUUAAAGUUGCUGUCAAUGAUGCUAGUACUUUGGUUGACAUAUACUAUACAAUAGGAAGUUUGGUUCUUAUAAAGGUUGCAAAUUCAAAUGUCAUAUUCGUAUAUUAUGUUCCAUUAUGCUUCUUUUCUCCUUUUGAUCUCCCCUUUCUACUCUGCGUUCACUUUUUCAGAGAAUCCGGAAGCACCGUGACGGCAGCGACUGGCGGCGAUUCGUUGUUUGAAAAGAUCCCAGCGAAGCUUCACUUUGACGAAUCGUCCUCCGAUUCCGACUCCGAUUCUCAUUCCGAAUCUGUUAAACCAGAGAUUUCAUCAGUUAAGGACAAGGUUUUUCGCCUUUUUGGAAGGGAGAAGCCCGUUCACUCCGUUCUCGGCGGCGGAAAGCGAGAUUUCUCAGUUUCAUUUUGUAAAGCAUGUAUUUGCUACGUAUUUGCUACCCAGGUUCAAAUCAACAAAUUAUAUUUUAAAUCUGGAAAGUCAAGAAGCUCUUCACCUUUUCGUCAAUUAAGCAGCACCAGCUAUACAAGUAGAGGUUCUGCUUGUAAAGAGACUGGGCACGUGCCGCAUCAGAACUCUAUAAAAGCUGCUGAAUAUAGUUUAGACAAUGUGAGAGGUUGUGAUAACUUAAACAUUUCAGGAAAUGAUAAACCUGGUGAUGCUGGUAGAAGCAGGUCAAGCCCUUUAAGGAGGUUAUUGGAUCCAUUGCUGAAACCAAAGACAGCUAAGUUCAGUCGCUCAUUGGACUCAUCUCAGAAGUUUUCCUUGUCAAUAAAUAAGAAUUAUAGGUCAGCUAAUGGGAGAUUUUCAACUCUACAUCCAAUCAAAGAAGUGGAUAGGGACCAUAAGGCCGGUUGUAGCGCAAUUAAUACCGUUGAUUCUUCAAGGGAGAUGAAGCAUGCCCCAUCGACGACACAAGCUCUUUUGAGAAUUGCUGUGAAGAACGGUCUGCCUCUUUUUACAUUUGCUGUUAACCAAAUUGACGGUAACAUUCUUGCAGCCAAAGUGAAGAACUUAGGCGACUCUGGAAAAGACGAAUGCAACCGCAUCUAUACCUUUUUAACCUUUAGCGAGGUUAAGAAGAAGAAUGGAAGUUGGAUGAGUAAAGCAGGCAGAAGCAAAGAACCUGAUUAUGUUCCCCAUGUUGUGGCUCAAAUGAAGGCUUCUUAUUUGCAUUAUUAUGAUUUAACCGGCCAGAAUUGUAUGGACUCCUCUACCGUGAAAGAGUUUGUUUUAUUUUCUGUAAAGCUCGGGCAAAGUGAUGCUCAGGACGCCGACUAUCAGCCAAAAGACGAGCUUGCUGCUAUUGCCGUCAAAAUACCUAAAGCUAUCAGUUUCAUUAACAAUCAACAUCAUAGCAGUUGCCACAGUGAUAGUCAUGACAUUGUCCAUGCAACGGUUGUGCUCCCAGGCGGGGUUCAUAGUUUUCCAAGUAAAGGCGGACCUUCAUCACUACUUGAGCGGUGGAAAUCCGGUGGAUCAUGUGACUGCGGCGGUUGGGAUUUGGCUUGCAAACUUAAAAUUAUUGCUACUGACAAUCAAGCCAGUAGAAAACCACUGUCAUCCAAACCUUAUUUUGCAGAUUAUCAAUUCGAUCUUUUUGUUCAGGGGAACAAACACGAUCCCAAGAUGCCAUGUGAGCUUUCUGGAACAAGAAAGUCGCAAACCGAGGAACUAAAGGCUUUUGGUAAAUUAGAAGAUAUUCCUACAAGUUAUGUUUCUAAUCCACCAGUUUCUCCUGUUGGUAGGGUCUAA